AUGCGCGAUCUCAGUUUUUCAAAAUCCAAAUUAUGGGGUAUGGCAUUGGCACCAAUUUGGUGGCAUUGUGAUUUUAGUCGUUAUUCUCGUCGAUAUUAUAUUCUAUUGAAUGCAAAUCAAUGGCCUCAAAUUGGUCUCACCAUGGAUGAUGAUGAUAUAGUGAAAGUCUAUAAAAUACUUAAGAAUAAAAUGGAUAUGAAUCCAUUACCAAAACAGUCACUGCCGGUUCGAGUCAAGGCACAAUAG